AGAACAGUUACUGAAAAUUGGAAAUUCCAUAAUCAUAUUAAAACAAUCAAAAGCAGUACCUUACCACUGAAAAUGACAACAUAUUCACCAAAAUUUCAUCCUCGAACACCUCUCAACUGUGAAUGAACAUUUAUUCUUCAAAGCAUGGAUGCUAAUCUCACUUAUACUGAUCCCCUUAGAAAUCAUUCCUUGAUCCCGCUGAUCCACUAUUCUGGCUCAUAUAAAAUUGUCGGCACAAUUUCGUUAGUGAUUAUUCUCACCGUCGGUUUCAUUGGAAAUAUUCUUGUCAUGUUGGUGUUGACGUUAUCGCCUAAGCUGCAUACACCGACCAACUGUUAUCUAGUAUCCUUAUCCGCCAGUGAUCUCCUCGUGCUCAUGACAAGCACCACACUGAUGCUACAAGAAUUCUACCAGCCAUACAAUCAUUGGACAUUGGGGAAUUUCGCCUGUCAACUGAGUGUCUGCUUACAAUAUUUGAGUGUGGACGCGUCCGCACUGUCCAUCUGUGCAUUCUCUGUCGAACGAUGGGUCGGAAUAUGCUAUCCAAUGCGUGCACAUUAUAUGUGUACGAUUAAAAGAGCAAUAAAAAUCAUCGCUGGGAUUUGGAUAUUCACGUUGAUUUACAAUCUGCCCUGGAUAUUUAUGAGCACAACAAUCAGACAACACUCUGAGUAUGGUACAUAUGAGAAGUGCACAUUUGCAUUUAAACGAACCGCUUACAAGGCAAUUUAUAUGUUUGAUUUAAUCCUAUUCUAUGUGAUCCCAUUAUUGAUUACUGCUGUCAUGUAUUGUCAAAUCAGUUGGCGUUUAUUUCGUACAGACGACAUAAAAGGCAGUAUAUCUUCAGUGGUUGGACGACAACAGAUAAACUUAAAUAGAAGAACAGUAGCAUCGGGGAAUCCACAACAUUCUUAUGCUACUAAUGCUACAACUACCGCUAUCAUGAAUGAAUCACAACAGAAUUUAAAAUUACGUAAAGUGAUUAACAGAGUCAGAGCGAGAAGACAGGUCGUGAAACUUCUAAUGACGAUUGUCGUCUUAUUCGCCUCAUUUUGGUUGCCGUAUCGUUCCAUGGUGGUGUAUAACAGUUUCUCCCUGAAUGGAUAUCAUGAUUUAUGGUUCCGAAUGUUCUCACGGAUUAUGGCCUAUUUGAAUUCAGCUGUCAAUCCGAUAUUAUACAAUGCGAUGUCGCGGAAAUUUCGUCGAGCCUUGAAACGUAUGUUGAAGUGUCAAAAGGUUAUUUAAUAUUUUACACAAAUAGAUACACUUACAUGUAUAUGCUGACAGCAACAGUUGUAUAUCCUACAGUUGCUGAUGUACAUUUCUUUUCUUUCAAAUAAAUUUUACAGAGCCUU